UUUUUUGGUUUUUUCUUCUUUUUUUGGCUGAAUUUUCAUGUGCGGAUGCAUCGGAAUGCAAAGAGAGAAAGAUGAAGGAGGAGAAUGCAGCAGGACAGAACUGUGCAAAAAUGGCGAACAAAAUCGAUGCCCUUGUUUUUAUGUGGGGUUAUCUUCCCGGAGCUUUGCCGGAUAAAUCCCUUUUGCUCUCGCCGGAGCCCGUGCGGCUUCCGGGUUCAAUCGAAGGCGGGGAUUCGUGGAAGGAAGUCUGCGGCGGUGGUUGUGGGUUUGCUAUGGCCAUUUCAGAUUCUGGAAAGUUAAUUACGUGGGGUGCGGCGGAUGAGGAAAGUCAAAUUUACCUGACUUCGGGAAAACAUGGGGAGAUUCCUGAGGCGUUUCCUCUUCCAACUGAGGCUUUGGUGGUGAAGGCUGAUGCCGGUUGGGCUCAUUGUGUCUCCGUUACAGAGGCUGGCGAAGUGUACACAUGGGGCUGGAGCGAGUGCAUACCUUCCAUGAAAACAUUGCGAGAUUUGGCCAUUGGGGGAGCUAUGUUAAAGGAUUCUACUGGGAAACAAACUCUACCCACAACUGAGCAAGUUGAAUCUCAAGACUGGAACGUAGUUGAUAGAACGGAUUCCCAACUUGACAACAAAAGGGUUGGAGAGGAAACUGCAAAGCGAAGAAAAAUCAAUUCAGUUAAGGAAGAUGCUGAAGUUUCUAGUCCGGGAGAUGAGCUAUUUACUGCAUUACCAUGUCUUGUAAAUUUUGGGCCGGGAGUGAAGAUUGCUGCGGUUGCAGCUGGUGGACGCCACACUUUAGCUCUAUCAGAUAUGGGACAGGUGUGGGGUUGGGGCCAUGGAGGUGAAGGACAGUUAGGUUUGGGUACUCGGGUGAAGAUGGUAUCUUCCCCUCAUAUCAUUCCUUGCAUUGAAUUGCCUACUUCUGCUAAAGAUAGGUCUUCAGUAAUUUAUCAAGGAUCCAAAGCGGCUGCUGGUAAAGUGAUCGGAAAUUAUGUGAAGGGGAUUGCUUGUGGAGGUCGCCAUAGCAUCGUAGUAACAGAUACUGGUGCAUUGCUUACUUUCGGAUGGGGACUAUAUGGACAGUGUGGGCAAGGGAACACCAAUGAUCUACUGAGACCGACAUUUGUGUCUUCUUUAUCGGGUACCCAAGUGGAAAACAUUUCUGCUGGAUUAUGGCACACUCUUUGUAUUACUGCUGAAGGUCUUAUCUAUGUCUUUGGGGGCAACCAGUUUGGACAGUUGGGAACUGGUGCUGACCAGGGUGAGACUGUACCAAGGCUUUUGGAUGCUCCGAUCUUGGGAAGUAAGCGUGCAAAAAGAAUUUCUUGUGGCGCUCGACACAAUGCCGUACUAACAGAUGAUGGCCAGUUAUUUUCUUGGGGUUGGAAUAAAUAUGGCCAGCUUGGUCUUGGAGAUUCAAUCGAUCGCAACAUACCAUCUAAGGUUCCCAUCGAUGGAUGCUUACCGCAAAAUAUCGUUUGUGGUUGGUGGCACACGCUCAUGUUGGCCGAGGCUGAACCAUCGAAGUAAUUGUUGUAAGUUAUCAAUCUGAAGGAGGUAGAACCAUAUGAUCUGGUUAACAUGUUCAUUUGUUUGUUUAGACUGGUUAGUUAGUUGAGUAGCAGUAGAUAUCAAACUUGCAUUUUCACAUUGUGUUCAGUAGAGGAUAUAGCCAGAUAUUGUUGUUAACUGCUUGAAUCUGGGCUGCUUCCAUUCUAGAACUUGAGUUGAAAAAAAAAAUCUCUGAACUUCUUCAAACUCCACUUCUGUAAAAUAUAAUUUAAACAUAAUUUUGGGGGUUGGCCUUUCAAUUCUGUUGCA